CCACACAACACCUUGUGGAUUCCAUACCUGCCACGUGUCAAGCAAUGCCCCCAAACCAAUGCCCCACAGUGUUAGAGAACUAGCUCAUCACAUACUUUUCCUUUUGUUAUCUAUGUCUAACAUGGUUGAAUCAUCCGAUACAACCCGGUACAAUCGGUCGAACCAUUUCUAAGAUCAACCCGGUAUGGUUUAAAACCGGUUUUCAAAACAUUAACUAGAUCAUAGCUUAAAUUAUCAACUUUAUAAAUUUGAAUUUUCUAAAACAUAACGAAUCGAAUAUAUGUGGGAAUUCAAAAUAAGUCAAAUAUUUUUGAAUUCAAAUGGUUGGUUCUAUAUUUUACGAAGUAAAUAUCUCUGUAUAGUGGGUUGUAUUCUUUAUUCCUUAUGUAAUGCCUUUAUAUUGUGAUAAGGAUCAACGCAAUUCAAUUGAGGCAAAUAUCAUUUUUUUAUAAGAUAUCAGCCUAGUCUCGAUCUUCUUUCUUCAAUGGCUCCCCCAGAAAUGAGUCUGAAGCUUCUGGUCGACGUAAAAGGCUCAAGAGUGUUAUUUGCAGAAGUACCAAAAGAAUUUGUGGAUUUCCUUUUCCACAUAUUCUCUUUGCCUUUGGGCACCCUGGUCGAGUUAAUUGGAUCUAACCAGAUGGCGGGCUGCUUAGGAAAACUCAAAGGUAGCAUAGAAAGUUUCAAUGGAAACUACCUUCAACCUGGCAUCAAAAUGGAUGACAUCUUCAACCCCAAAACAGCAUUCAACGGUAAAACAUUUCUGUUAUCUUAUGAUGCUUCUUCUGGGGAUCAGUCCGGUGCAUCCAAAGCAGUUUACAGGUGUGCCAAGGCAGCAGGACAGUGCCAUUACUGUAGUAACUCAUACUCAUCUUGCAAGUCAAAUGCAACACUGUGUGCGAAUUCUAUAUGUCCCGGUUGCAGCGGUUACAUAAAUCAUAAGAUGGCACUUGUAACGCCGCCGAAUCAGGUAGCCGAAACAAAACUAGCGGAUGUGAUAAAGAAGCGUGGGUAUGUUAAGGAAGUUGUGACAUAUAUGGUGAUGGAUGAUCUAGUGGUGAACCCAAUGUCCACCAUUUCUGGCAUCACCCUCAUCAAUAAGUUUGGUGUCAAGGAUCUGAGUCAACUUGAAGAGAAGAAUGUUUCUUUUGGAAAAGAUGAGGGUCUGAAGCUGUUAGAGGCAUCUUUGAAGACCAACAAAGUGCUGACAACUGUCUUUCUGCAUUAAAAUAUAGUUAUGGAUCUGGUUUAUGAAAGUCUUUUGAUGUGUUUUAAUUUGAUGGUGGUAUGUAUGUAAGUCCCCCUUGCGGAUUAGAACUUAGUUAUCUUCUUUUGCCUACCACCUAUCAAUUUCGAAGGCAGUGCUAUCAUUUUAAGAUGAAACUUAUCACUUUAUAUCC